GCAGAGCAUGCCGGGAGCCGCCGGUGUCCAGACCGCUCGCCCCGUUUGGAUCCGACUUCGGUUCUUCUGGGGUGUUGAUGCUCCUAAAGCCCGAGAGCACGUGUCCAGACCCUAGCCUGUACGACGCUGACUCUGCCCGGUCCCAGAACCAAAGCCAUGCCGGGGUGUGGCCUCUGACCCCACGCGGAGGGGACCUCGCCUUGCGGGACCCCACCUGGAACCCGACCUCCCGGCCUCGCAGCCGGCCUGAGCCGCCAUGCGCGGGAAGUUGCUGCCGCUGGCCGGCCUCUACCUGGUGCAGGGCCUGCCCUACGGGCUCCAGUCCGGCCUCCUGCCCGUGCUGCUGCGUGCCGGCGGCCUCUCCCUGACGCGCGUGGGGCUGGCCAAGGUUCUGUACGCUCCGUGGCUGCUCAAGCUGGCGUGGGCCCCGCUGGUGGACGUGCAGGGCUCGGCGAGGGCCUGGCUGACGCGUAGCACGGCGGGCUUGGGCCUGGUGUGUGGGCUGCUUGCCGGGCUGCCCCCGCACGGAGCUGGCCAGGCCGAGCUGCCCGCUGCUGUGGCGGGGUUGCUGCUGUUGUUGAACCUGGGUGCCGCCAUGCAGGAUGUGGCCCUGGACGCGCUGGCUGUGCAGCUGCUGGAACCGGCCGAGCUGGGGCCGGGCAACACCGUGCAGGUGGUCGCGUACAAGCUGGGCGCCGCGCUAGCUGGGGGCGCGCUGCUGGCGCUGCUGCCCACCCUCUCGUGGCCGCAACUCUUUCUGCUCCUGGCUGCCACCUACUGGCUGGCCGCGGCCCUGGCCUGGGCUGCACCAGCCCUGCGGCGGCUCCCACAGCAGCCCCCUUCCGAGCAGCGUCCCCACACCGCGCACCUUCUGCGGGACGUGCUAGCCGUGCCGGGGACCCUGUGGACCGCAGGCUUUGUGCUCACCUACAAGCUGGGUGAGCAGGGUGCCAACAGCCUGUUUCCUCUUCUCCUGCUGGACCACGGCAUUUCUGCCCCCGAGUUGGGACUGUGGAAUGGCGUGGGUGCUGUGGUCUGCUCCAUCGCUGGCUCCUCCCUGGGUGGGACCUUGCUGGCCAAGCACUGGGAACUGCUGCCUCUGUUGAGGUCAGUGCUGCGGUUCCGCCUCGGGGGCCUAGCCUGCCAGACUGCCUUGGUCUUCCACCUGGACACCCUGGGGGCCAGCAUGGACCCUGGCACAAUCUUGAGAGGGUCAGCCUUGCUGAGCCUAUGUCUGCAGCACUUCUUGGGAGGCCUGGUCACCACAGUCACCUUCACUGGGAUGAUGCGCUGCAGCCAGCUGGCCCCCAGGGCCCUGCAGGCCACACACUACAGCCUUCUGGCCACUCUGGAGUUGCUGGGGAAGCUGCUGCUGGGCACUCUGGCUGGAGGCCUGGCUGAUGGGUUGGGGCCACAUCCCUGCUUCGUGCUCCUGCUCAUCCUCUCUGCCUUGCCCGUUCUGUACCUGGGCCUAGCACCCAGCACCUUUCUCUGAGCUGGGUGGCUGGACUGGUCAAUAAAGCCACAUGUGCCUGUGGCCCAGA